GCGUGCGAGCGGGCCACUCUUCGAGAUGCUCAACCCAAGCCAAAUGACCCAGGAGCAGCGGUGUCAGAGCUUCAGUAACGCGAAUCUCGAAAAGAAGGAGUUCUACUCGCCGCUAUACCCGAAUAACUAUCCAAACAACACGGAGUGCAUCCUUCGCUUGGAAGCCGAGCAUGGUUACGUCAUCAGAGUGGAUUUCCGGGACUACUUCCACCUCGAGCCGUCGAACAAGUGCGAGUUCGACGUCCUGGGGGUCCGCGACGGCGCCCACGGAUACUCCGACCUGAUGGGGCGCUUUUGUGGGGGUACUUUCCCGCCCAUCAUCACGUCGAAGGACAGAUACCUGUGGCUGAAGUUCAUUUCGGACGACACGAUAGAAUACAGUGGCUUCCGGGCGGUGUUUUCAUAUAUUGAAAACAAGUCCCACCAGUCAGGCUGGAUCUCAAGACCACGGUCACUAACAGCUCCCAACCUCCCUUUGCAAGCGCUGGACCGGCCGUACAUCGAGCCGUGCCGAUACUACCUGCACGGCGAGCAGGGCAAGAUCAGCUCAGAUGACGUCGAGGAGGAGCGCCUGGAGUACUCGAGGCAGCAUAACCAUCCGAUCGACUGCACGUGGGUUGUGACCGUGAAGGCGAGGCGCAGGUGCUUGCUGCCACAUUUCAGAAGAAAGAAAUUUGUAAAAUAUGAACCUUCAGACUUUAACAAUUUCCACAUUGGGCCUGAAGUGUGA